AUGUCGCGCGCGCACGUCGCGCGCGUCGCCGACGAAGCGAAACGUUCACCGAAGAUUCCACCGCCCCCGCAUCCGACGUACUCCAUCGACGCCGCGAUCGCGCUCGCGCUGAGCGAAGACGCCGGUGACGUCGGUGACGUGAGCUCGCUGUCGACGAUCCCUUCGACCACGACGUCGACGGCGACGCUGCUGGCGAAGGCGACGGGGACGCUCGCUGGGGAGUCUCUCGCGAAUCGCGUGCUGGACGCGGUGGACCCAGAGUUGGAGGUGGAGUGGAUGAAGCGGGACGGAGAGACGAUCGAGGCCGGGGAAGUGUUCAUGCGGAUUAAGGGGAGCGCUCGGAGCAUUCUGCGAGCGGAGCGGGUGGUGUUGAACUUUAUGCAGAGGAUGAGCGGCAUCGCGACGAUGACGCGGGCGUACGCGGACGCGGCGGCGCCGGCCGUCAUGCUGGAGACGAGGAAGACCGUUCCGGGUCUGCGCGUGAUCGAUAAGUGGGCGGUGUUGAUCGGGGGCGGGAAAAAUCAUCGAAUCGGUCUGUUUGACAUGGUGAUGAUCAAGGAUAAUCACAUCGCCGCCGCGGGGGGCAUCGCGAAAGCCGUCGAGGCGUGCGAAAAGUAUUUAGAAGAGAACAACCUGAGCGAGGUCAAGAUAGAGGUCGAGGCGCGAACGAUGGAGGAAGUGGACACCGUCAUCGCCCUCCUCGAUGACCCGAACGUGACGACGAAGAGCAUCACGCGCUUGAUGCUCGACAACAUGUCCGUCCAAGACAUGACGGAAGCCGUCCGGCGCAUCGCCGGACGCGUCGACACUGAGGCCUCUGGGAACGUCACCCUCGACACCGUUCCCGCGAUCGGUAAGACCGGCGUCACCUACAUCUCUUCCGGCGCGCUCACGCACAGCGUCAAGGCUUUAGACAUCUCGCUCAACAUCGACUGUUAA